AUGACCACCAUCAAAGGCCCCGGAGCUGCAGAGACCCUCGACGGGUCCGGUCUGCGCAUUGCCAUCGUCCACGCUCGUUGGAACACGGCUAUCAUUGAGAACCUCGUUGCGGGCGCGAAGAAGAGCUUGUUCGCUGCUGGUGUCAAGGAGGAAAAUAUUACUAUCCAGACUGUUCCGGGUAGUUAUGAGUUGCCUAUUGGUGUGCAGCGCCUCUACGCCGCCUCCCAAGUCCAAGCCAGCAACACCGGCGAAGGCAUAAGCGCAACAGACCUCCUCUCCUCCUCAACAACCGACCUCUCCAAGUCCACAACCGCCUCCCCCAGUCCCAAGAAAGCCUUCGACGCAAUCAUCGCCAUCGGCGUACUGAUCAAGGGCGCGACCAUGCACUUCGAGUACAUUGCGGACGCGGUCAGCCACGGACUUAUGCGUGUGCAACUUGAUACGGGUGUUCCUGUUAUUUUCGGUCUUUUGACUGUUUUGACGGAGGAGCAGGGUCUUGAGAGGGCCGGAUUGGGGAGUAGUGGGAUGCAUAAUCAUGGGGAGGAUUGGGGUAGUGCGGCUGUUGAGUUGGGGGUUAAGAGGAGGGAUUGGUCUGAGGGGAAGAUUUUGUAG